AUUUUCAGUUAAUCUCCAACUCCAUGUCCAAUUCCGAUUCCGAUUCCAUGACCAUGACCAUGUUGAUGACCAUCUCCAUGGUUUGUGUAAUCAUUUGCCAUCUCCAGGGCUGAGAGGGUUCUUCAUAUCUUCAAUCCAUUUAAGUUUCUUAUCUCUUUCUCUUUCUUCUCUCUUUCAUCCUCGCAUUCACAUUCACAUUCACCCUCACCCUCACCAGUUACUCAAUCAGCAAUAUGUUAUCUUCAAAUCAUCAUCCAUUCUCAGCAUCUUAUAAAUCUCAUUCAUCUCAAAUACCUUCUUUCUCAAAAGAACAUUAUACCUCUCCUCAACAUCUUGAAAAGUUAAGUAGAUCAUCACAAUCUAUCUCAUCUCUUGACCAUCACCAACCUAUCACCAGUAUCAUCGCCAAAAAACCAAAGAGUUGUCAUCAUCAAGAAAGAAAUUCAAUCCAUCUUAAACAUAGACCAUCUAGUAUCUUUUUCCCUGAACUUGUUUCGGCUCAAGAUCGUGAUUUCAAUCGAGUCAAGACCAUAAUCCGAAAGGCUAUUGCUAACCGCACAUUGGUUGUAGAUCUUGCUAAUCAAUCUCUCUCUACGAUUCCAAGUUGUAUCAACGAACUUGAAGUCUUAACAUCCACUUCACGCUUAGAAACAAAACCUAAUGAUCCACCCAACCCAUCCAUUCCAACUUCUCGUCAUCGUACUUUAACUCGAGUUUCAUCAGCACCUUCAUCAUUUCACAAUUCAUAUACAUCCAAUCAAUUCACAGGUUUGAAUUUGAUUUUAUCAAACAAUCAUUUAACGAACAUCAAACCAAUAAUCACUAACCUGAAAUCGAUCACAAGACUUAUUUUACGAUCUAAUCGAAUCGAAAUCAUUCCAGAAGAAAUUCAAGAAUUAAAUCAAUUAAUCGAAUUAAACUUAACUAAUAAUCAUCUAAAGUUCUUACCAAGUAAUCCUUGGUACCCAAAACCUUUGAAAACUUUAAACCUUUCCAAUCAAAGAAUCGUUUCAGAACCCAUCUAUGAUCCUCAAACUGAUUCAUUACAAAAAAGUUGUAUCAGAAGAAUCUGUGUAAAUCAAAACACCGAAGAAGAACCAGUUUUGAAAUCAUUGACCAUUCAAGAUUUGAAUUCAGUUCGGUUACCUACCCCUUUAAUUCAUCAAAUCUUAAACCCAAUGGAAUCCUUUUGGAAAUGUGAUGAGUGUAAAACUUUAAAAAAUCAUCAACCAAUCGAAUGUUUUGAAUGGAUUGAAAUCACUAAAGAAAUCAUUCCGAUCCAAUUCAAGUUUUGUCAUCCCAGUUGUUUAAACCAUUUCUUUACUUAAGUGAUGAUUUAUUAUCACUCAUCAAAAAUUCAAGCAUCCCUCUUGUUUCUUUCAAAAAAAAAACCUUUUGUUGUUGUUGUACAUCUCCAAAGAAUUUCUUUCCUUUUCCUUUCUGUAUUUCUUCAAUUCUGUACACUUUUGCUUAGAAAAUAUAUCUAUAUCACAUGUAUCUGUUAUUGUAAAAUCAAGCAUUCUUUUGCUUUAAACUAUCUGUUUAUCGAAUCCAAAAAAAACUCCAAUGUACUAUAUUUUUUUCUUAUAAUCUUUCUCUUUGAAAUUUAUAUCAACCUGACGCAAAAUAAAACUAGAGAAUUUAU